AUGCGAAGAGAGAAAGGGAGAGAGAGAGAUGACUGCAUCAACGAGCUUCAGAUACCUCGACCGGAUCCGGCAACAACAUCGUGCAAGAGGUCCCUCGACAAGGGAGACAUCGCCGUAGCAUCCGCUUCACGUGCACCGAGCCCGGCGGGUUCCGCGCCGACCGGGCCGGCCGCGCUCCAUGCAUGGCCUUCCCAGAGGCAGAGGAGAGGCAGAGGAGAAGCUGCCCGCCUACGACCACGACCACCUCGAUGCCGAGGCCAUGAUGCGCGCGCGCAACGGCACGCGGCCGGGACCCGAAGAAGAGGCGGGCGGAGGUUUUCUCUGUACCGGCUUGCUGGCAUGGAGGACCCGCCUCCACUGCGGGUGGUGGUCGGCACGGAUGCGCACAAGAGCAUCAUGGUUAAGAUCAAGCAGUACGGCGAGAACUACCAGGAGCACGAGAAGACCUUCAACCGUAUAGACGUGGAUAGCUCCCAGGCUCCUUAUUCCCGAGUCGAGUCGAAGUGUACGAUGGAUAGCGAGUUAUACGAUAAAUACAUGUCGACCUGGACCCUGACCUUUAAGGAUGGGAAAGUAGCAUACGAGCUCACAUUGUUUAUCAAGAGCCCAGGAUCUCUCCUUUCAGAGGACUGGGACAUAGAUCAAACAAAGCAUCGCAAUAUUGGGAGCAACACUGAUAUGAUAUCUUCUUUCUACAGGGUAGAGAAAGGAAGGAGGAAAGAAAUACAACGUCUUCCGAUCCUCCGCGCACAUUACACCACUGCCACCACUAAGCCAGCCAGCUAA